GCCACAUUCAACACACAAAAUGAGGAUUAUUGACCCUCAAACCGCCGUCCUGACCAAUGUCGAGGUCCUGGCCUAUCUGACCUCCAAUCCACCCCGCCGACCACCGCCAAAUUCGGGGAACUGGGCACCAAGCCCAGAUCUGAGGGAUCAUAAUACAGUGGUUAAAGAGAUUCACAACUAUGCAAGCCGUCUCUCCCCCCACCUCCUACGAUACCCCCGCUACACAGCCCGCCCUUCCUCCUCCCAGUCGAAAUCACAAUCGCAAGCCGCAAUGACCGGCACACUGCGAACCUCAAAUUCAACAAAUACAGAGCCAGAUGUCAAUUCCCUGCCGCCACCAAUAACCUCCACAGAACCAACCCCCAUGGACAUCGCCCUCCGGGACCUAGUAGUCCGUCUACAGCCGUACGGACUGACCAAAGCCGAGGUCGUCAUGAUUCUGAAUCUCGGGGUGGGAUUGAGCGGUAAUCCUGCUACUGAGGAAGCCGCGGAGGAAGCUGCUAAUGGGGAGGAUGCAAUGGAAGUGGAUGGGGAGGCGGAGGGUGAAGCAGGCGAGGAGGAUGAUUACACUGCGGUGGUUUUGAUGGAUAGUGUUAUUGAAGAGCGGGAGCUCAGACUGUCUGAUGAAGAUGUUAAGGCUAUUUUAGCUAUCAUUAAGGAAACUCUUACGGCGGAUUAUGAGAAUGUGAAAGGGUGAGAAG